AUGAGUCUGCAAACAGACUUCGGCCCCGAUUCUGGGGGCAGAGUAAAGGGCUUAGUUAUCGUUAAGCCGAUAGUAUACGGUAAUAUAGCACGUUACUUUGGCAAGAAGCGUGAAGAAGAUGGCCAUACACAUCAAUGGACAGUUUACGUCAAGCCGUAUGCCAACGAAGACAUGAUGGCUUAUAUUAAAAAGGUUCAUUUCAAACUACACGAAAGCUAUGCAAACCCUAACAGAAUAGUCACAAAACCGCCUUACGAGUUGACAGAGACCGGAUGGGGUGAAUUCGAAAUUGUCAUUAAACUAUACUUCCAUGAUCCUAAUGAACGGCCAGUAACACUCUAUCACAUCCUGAAGCUGUUCCAAUCACCGGUAUCAGAUGGUGCUCCACCAGUCAUUGGACGUGCACUUGUCAGCGAGUCUUACGAAGAGAUAGUGUUUCAGGAACCCACACAGCUUAUGCAACACCUCUUGAGUAAUGUGAAGCCUAUUACUAACGGACCUUGGAAUCAUGAUACCGAUUUUGAAGAUAAGAAAGAGAAGACUUUGCAAAAGAUUAUAACCUCACACUCAAAAGUCCGUAGUGAAAUAACAGAUUUAAAAGAAAAACUGCACCUGGCAAAGGAAACCAUUUCGAAGUUCAAGGAUGAAAUAGCCAAACUACAAAACAGUGGCAGCACAAGCAUGAUGACAGGAUUGUAA